CUCAGGAACAUGGAUACUCUAACAACUACUCCUUUGCUUACUUCUAAGUUCAAACCUUCGUUUUCUCCUCAACAAAAUCCUCUUCUUCUACAUAGAAGACAGUUCGGGAAGAAGAAUCAAUCAUUUGUUCCUGUUGCUAGGUUAUUUGGACCAGCUAUAUUUGAAGCUUCAAAACUUAAGGUUUUGUUCUUAGGAAUUGACGAAAACAAACACCCAGGAAAUCUUCCUAGGACUUAUACGUUAACUCAUAGUGAUGUUACCUCAAAACUCACUUUGGCAAUUUCGCAAACCAUAAACAACUCUCAGUUGCAGGGAUGGUACAAUAGAUUGCAAAGAGAUGAGGUGGUUGCGCAAUGGAAAAAGGUGAAGGGGAAAAUGUCUCUGCAUGUUCACUGUCACAUUAGUGGAGGCCAUUUUCUUUUGGAUAUCUUUUCUAGACUUAGAUACUUCAUCUUCUGCAAAGAGUUGCCAGUAGUGUUGAAGGCUUUUGUUCACGGUGACGGCAACUUAUUCAACAAUUAUCCGGAAUUAGAGGAGUCAUUAGUUUGGGUAUUUUUUCAUUCAAAGAUUCCAGAAUUCAACAAGGUAGAAUGUUGGGGUCCACUAAAGGAGGCUUCACAACCUACUAGUGGGGCCCACUACGAUUUGAAACUACCACAAUCUUGUGAAGAAGAUUGUGAGUGCUGUUUUCCACCGUUGAAUUUAAGCCCAAUUCCGUGCUCUAAUGAAGUUAUUAAUGAUACUUAUGAAACUAUUGAUGGAAUUGGAACCCAACAUGGUAACUUGUAA